AUGGUUCAAGAGAGAGACGCUUUACUCUGGAAGGAAUUUGAACGGCAGUGCGAUGUGAGCCUCCCCUAUCCUUGUUUACCUUACUAGAACGUCUUCCUUACUCUCUCAUCGAGUGACCUCUCCUCAGAAUCUGACUUUCCCGAGUGUCGUUUUGGUGAGUGCUCCGGAUUUUGUUUGACUGGCUUUAGUUGAAAAAAUCUAGCAUGUAGCCUUUUUGCUACGUUCUUCUCUAAAACUCUGCCUGUACCUCCCUAAAGGUCUCUAUAUCCUCUGGUUUACCUAACUCGUAUUUUUAACGUCACCAGGCUAAACAUUAGUCACAUCCUUUGAACGUCGCAUAUUUUAAAUCGUUGUGCAUUGCCAACGGAGGACUGCUGUCCGGUCAAACACUUCCAUCAGGUCUAGCUCCCGUCGUUCUUGCCUACUUUUGCCUUUGGAACGCGGUCGGUACAGGCUCUAUAAAGGUUAAAAUGCACUGAAAUGUGACCUAUUUUCCGUCUUAGGUGACAAGGUGAUUGUCCUGUUAAUUGACACCUGCCGGGCUCUGGACUCCUGGUUUGUGAAACAUCGCCUACUCCUAUCCACCAAGGCUCCCCAUUUGCAGCUGUCCGACGUAGGCUUCCUGUUCUUAUUUUCAAAAUCGUUAUUCCAGGAAAUCAGCGAAUUGCGUCGCGAACUUUCCCUAAAGGAGAAGCUGUUGGCAGACAUCAAGGAUAAGGCCCGGCGUCACGUUGCAGCCAUCGAGACCAUUGUUGAAAAGGUACGUCCUUUUUUCUCUCCCAUGUCAUUUAUCUUUCUUUUUCCCGAUUUCAGCUCACGGAAGGGGUCGCAUAUGUGCCGGAUCUCUGA